AUGUCCUUGCAGCAGCUAUCCACCGAACUGGAUACCCUCAUCUGCGAACACUGCGACACCAGUACUUUACUCUCACUCUGCGCGACGUCCCAAUACUGGCGCACGCUCGCUGAGCCAAUACUCUAUGAGGCUGUCUGUUUCACUGUGGACGAGGUGAGGGAAGUCAAAAUCCUCCUCAUCACUCUGAUUGAGCGCCCCGACCUCGCAAAGUAUGUGAGGAAGAUCAGAAUAGCCCCGUCGUGGCCCGCGACCCAUCCGACCGGACCCAGUAGCAGUUCGCAAAUUUAUCAAGACCAAGGACUUCUCGAGUGGACCGCAGAAGGCAGUGUUGGGGACAAAGACGGUGCUAACGGCUUGGAUGAUCCAGAUUUCCUCUUCGCCGAAGAACAGAAAAGCGCACGAAUUGAGAAUAAUUUCCGGGCUCUCACUCCACGAAUGGCUCAAAUCAUCGAAUCCGCGUGGCCCAAAGUGUCUGGACACACCAAGAAGCACCUAUGGAUUGCUGGUCUCAACACAUCCUACUACGAAACAGCCGACCCAUAUCUGCCGCUCAUUGUGACGCUCACGACAAACGUUGAAGAGCUUGACCUUCAGUAUCCAAGGGACGGCUCCGCUAACUUCACCAACAUGAUAUUGCACUAUCAUCGUACAGCGCAUGAAGUGGCCUGUGGCAAUCCGUAUCCAUUCCACAAGCUAAGAGAUCUCCAAAUACAGGGCACAUUUCAUUCCCAAGAUUCUGGACACACCAUGUCCCUGUGGGCUCCAUUGCCGGUCAGCACUGAGAGCCUUGUGAUACGCGACUAUGAAAUAGACCAUUUCGAAUAUGCGCAGCCGCGAGAGGUAUCUGAACUACCAUCCACGAAGAGUGCUGGUUCAAGCGUCGGUGUGAUUCCUAAAGCCAUCCGUGCUGGUUUUGGUUCGAAGCUACGCAUCCUGGAUAUGCGCCGGUGCUACAUAGCUGUACCCGACCUUGUUUGUUCAUUACGAAAUGAAAACUUUUGUAACCUCGAGACACUGCGAAUAACGAAGCUCUCCCACGCCCAUCGUUGGCUCAACAUGCCGUGGGCACUUUUCGGCGGUGUCCUGCGCUCUUGCCUUCCAAAGCUUCAAGAACUCGAGUUAUCGAUGUGGUGGGAUCAGCCAGGGCAACCCAGCGCUCUGAGUGGUCCUGUGGCUUCUGUGCAAACUAUUCGAGGUCUGCAAACCUUACCCAACCUGCGCAUCCUGAACAUCAACCUGGGAUUGCUCAUGUACUCAUUUGCCGGAGACGCUGCGAAUGAAUUGCUUACGCUACCUUGCACAGUUGUGCCGGAGGACCUGGAGUACCUCGAGCUCACUGACGUCCCCCUGCAGUUCUUGGACGAAAUCGUGCACGAAAAUGCCGCAACAAAGCGGAGGAAUGUGCUUGCCCAGUUGCUGAUGCCUUCUGCUGAGGUCUUGAAUGGUCUUCAGGCAAUCAGAAAUAGUCUGGCUGAAAUGAACGUGGAAUUCAAGGUUUCAUGUUGUUGUCCACCAGAUGAGGCAGCGCAUGUUGAUGGAGAGAAGUUAGUACUGAUAUGA